GUUUUAGUUACGUAGAACCAAAUGUGUCAAAGGUCGAUUAAGAAAGAAAGGAACAUUUUAUUUAUGAAGGAAGAUGAUUUUUGUUCAGAAAGAAAGCUCUCUCGACAAGGUAGGAAUUCGGUGAAUUACGGCACAAAACGAUUUCUUGUUACAAAGUUUUACCGAAACGUGGUAGUGAUUUAUUGGAAAUGCUCCAAACGGACGUGCUAUCAACAGGAUGUUAUGGGAUUGAUGAAUUAUUACAAGGAGGAUUACAUCCGGGAGAAGUUACAGAAAUCAGUGGAGAAACAGCUACAGGAAAAACCCAGCUUGCUUUUUCAGCAACACUUACAACUAUAUGUGCAAAUAAGAACAACAAAGUCUUAUUCAUUGACACUGUAUCUACAUUUUCGGCUGAGCGAAUAAGAACGUUAUUUUUAGAAAGUGACCGGUUUGAUCAUUCAAGAUGUCAAGGAAUGGGGGAAGAAGAUGUCAUGAAUAGAAUUCGAAUUGCUAAAUGUUUUGAUGUAUAUGCUGUAAUGGAAUUUAUAGAGGACCUGAGAGACCACUUAGAAAAUAAGGAUAAAGAUGACAACGUUUAUACAAACGUAAAGUUAAUCAUCAUUGAUUCUUUCGCGGCAAUUUUUUCACCACUUUUGGGAGUCACGCAAACUCAAGGACACUCGCUAAUGAUAACAUUAACACGGAUACUUCGGAAUUUGGCGAAGGAGUACAACAUAGCGGUUCUGGUGAUAAAUGCAGCUAUUGCAUCGAACCCAAACAAUCCCAUUUCUGUUUUCUCUUCAACAAAAUCAAAACCUAGUUUGGGUAUGUCUUGGACAUUUAUGCCCGAUGUUCAAUUAUAUUUGACUCAUUGUGUAGAAAAUAAGAUAGAAAACGAAAAGAACAUACAGCAGAAUUAUGUAUACACAAAUCGAAAAGAAAUUGAAGUUAUAAUGAAGCCAAAGAUAUGCGAGGUACAUAGAUCAAGGAAUGGGCAAAUGGGAAAAUGGUGUAUCUUUUAUAUGGGUGGAAACGAACUUUUUACACAUGAUGAUAUAAUAUGAUGUACAAUUCUCUAGAUCUCUUGUUGUUGAAAGUGUAGAUUGUAAAUAUAAAAGUCAAUACAAUAUAAAAUAUCGAACAUACAUUAUCCUUUUCCAAUUUAAAGUAUGUAUGGGUAAUUAAGUAU